AUGGCUAAAUGGCCAUUACGGUCGUUCACGUGUUCGCUCUAUCCAACCAGUGGCGAAUUGCCUGCCUUGAACACGUUCACACCCACUCCGCUGGGAGUAUGCUUCCAAGCCGUGUUUGACAAGCUCCGCCAACGCACCUGCUAUCCGGGUACCGACGGUGACCUUGGGGACGCGUCGCCAUCCGCACAUAUACUUUUCGUGUCGAAACGCUUCCUGACAGAAUGUGUGUUGCGGCAUAAACGAGAGAUUCAGUUGAGUCCCCCAUGUGAACCGAAUUCGUACAGAAAUGCAAGUGUCGCUGAUCAUGACGAUGAUGAUGGCGGUGACGAUGAUGUUGAUGACGAUGAUGUUGACGACGAUGAUGAUGAUGAUGAUGAUGAUGACGAUGAUGAUGAUGGUGAUGAUGAAGUUGAUGAUGAAACGUUUGCAGUCCAACUGCCAAGCUCGGCGAUCAGACCAAUAACCAUUGAAUAUAUCAGCGUGCUUGCCGCUGCAGGCUCUAAUCGUUUCCUCCGAGAAAUCAGUCAGCCACCGGAGGCAUCGUCCGAUGAAGUUGAUCAUGAUGCUGAUGAUGAUGCCGACGAUGAUCAUGAUGACGGUGAUGAUGAUGAUGAGGAGGAGGAGGAUGAGGAUGAGGAUGAUGGUGAUGACGAUGAUGAUGAUUAUGAUGAUGAUGACGCUGAAGUUGAUCAUGGUGAAGAUGAUGAUGAAGAUGACGAUGAUGAUGAAUUUGAUGAUGAUGCGGAUGACGAUGUAAUUGAUGAUGAUGAUGAUGAUGGUGAUGGUGAUGGUGAUGGCGAUGACCGGUAUUCACACUUUCCUCAACCAAGUGGUAGCGACGUUCUCGUAGACACAUUUUCCAUCACUGUGUGUCCUACUGGAACGCUGGAUACUACUGAUCAGGCACGAAGCGAUGAUAAACCCGCGCAAACCUUACGAGCUGAAGGCAGUAUGAGUGCUUUGAUAUGCCUUCUGUUGAAAAUGCACUUUACAAAUCGGAAAUCCCACCUGAACAUGAUGGCCUCUUUGGUUUGUGGGCGUCUGAAACUGACAUGA